ACCACUACUGUAUUGAUGUAUUUACUACAACUGCAUAUAUUCAAUAGUAUUGUCACUGUAUUGUAUAGAACAUGACGUCAUCCACGUGACUGGGUCCGCACGGUUGCCCGGCUCAGGGACGCAGACCAGUUUGUUCCGGGGAAGCCGAUUGUGAUAAGUUGCUGCUAUUCCUGCGCUGUUUGGCAGAGAGAAUAAAUAGAAUAGAAUAGAAAGUAGAUAGUUUGUGUGUUUAAUUGUAUUAUUAGAAUAAUCUUUAGCAGAACAAAGAGCAGUUGUCGCUGUUGUUCUGUUUCUCGUCUUAUCUGCGUUCGUUGACUCGAAACGGCUGCUCUUCGGCUCUCGACGCCGUUUAUCUUCUUCUUCACUUCCUCUUCUCUACUCCUCCUCCUCCUCCUCUUCUCUUCACCACUCUUCUCCCUCUACUCUACUCUACUCUACUCUCUCUUCUACUCCCUCUCAUCUCCUCCAUGGCCUUCCUCCGCGGACUCCGCUCCCGCUCGGUCUCGGAGCCCCGCCGCCCCGCCCAAGCAAUCCCCCCUCCGCUCCCCCCAUCCACCACCACCACCACCACCACCACCACCUCCUCCUCCUCCUCCUCUCCCCCCCAGCAGCCCUUCUACCGCACCCUCUCCGCCCCCCUCGUCGCCCCUCCCCCCGAAUACCCCCCGAAGACCCGAUCCUCCCCCCUCCCCGGUUCCCCAUCGCCCCCCGCGACGAAGAGGGCUGUGAGCCGCUGCCGCCCUACUCCGCGACCCUCGUCCGCGCUGCCGUUCUCUCCCGCAAGAUGGAGCUGCUCUCUCCUCUCGAACCCGCUCCUGUUCGCUCCUGGUCCACCGUCAUCGUCGUCCUCAACAACACCCAGCUCCAGGUCUACCGCGCGCCGCCGACCGCAACCACCUCCUCCGCCUCAACUCCCCCCUCAUCGGCCCCCACAACCACCACCUCCUCCUCCUCCUCCUCCUCGCAGUUCCGCGGCGUCCGCUGGCGUUCGGCCUCCACCUCCUCCAACUCCUCAACCGGCCCUUCCUCCCUCCUCUCCUCCCUCGCUGAACUCCCCAUCCCGCUCCUGCGCUCCGGCUCAGCCUCCUCCUCCUCCGCCGCCCACCACGGCUCCGCCUCCGCCUCCGCCGCAAACGAUACCAUCGACCCCUUCUCCUGCCCUCUCUCUCCCCUCUCUGCUUCUUCCUCUGAGGCUUCUUUAUCGCCCUCCUCCUCUGACGCCUCCUCCUCCUCCUCCUCCACCGCGUCCCUCGACUUCCUCCCCUCCGCCCUCCUCGGCCUGCCCGCCGAAGCCGUCUCCCCCUCCCGCCUACUCCGCUCCUACACCCUGCAGUACGCCCAAAUCGGCCUCGCAACCGACUACAAAAAGAAGUCAAACGUCAUCCGCGUCCGCGCCGAGGGCCAGCAAUUCCUCCUCCUCUGCGCCGACCCGCGCGAGUGCGUCGAGUGGACCGCCGCCAUGCAGGCCGCCUGCGAUCUCGCCCUGCCGCUCGACGAGCGCACUAUCCCGCGCUUCCGCUCCAUUCCGUCCCGGCGUCGGCGCAGAGUGCUUCCUUCUGCGCGCCACCCGUCGUCGCGGUCCUCUAGACGUGCGUCGGAACCGUCGGCCGCGCCGGCGACGUUGGCGGUGCUCCCGCCUAGACACUCGUCGCUCUCUGCCGCCAUUGCCGCAUCUGUGUCUUCGUCGACUGCGACUCCUGCUGCUGCUACUACUACAGCGCCGGUUCCUACCACCGCCUCCGAGCAGACGGACCCCGCCUCAUCAAAUCAGUCGCACCUCGAAGGAGACGACGACGAUGACGACGACGACGAGCUCUACUACCGCCGCUCGUCGACCGCCGCAAGAGGCACCGGUGCAAACACCCACCGGCGCACUCACUCCGUCAACGACGACUCUGGCGACGACGACCAUGACCACGAGCAUGACCACGACCACGACGACGACGUCGCAUCGACCCCCAUCUCCGGCGGCGUGCUCUCGUCCUCGUUCGGCAUGAGCACCUCCCCGUCCUCCAACAUGCUCCAUCCCGAGCUCUCGAUCUCGCCCUCGUCGCAAUCGCCGUUCCUGACCCGCGCCCGCCGCGGCUCGGUGCCGUGGUCGUUCACUGCCUACGACGAGGUGAUGUCUACCGCCGAGGAAGAGGACGAGAAGUGGGCGCCGCCAGCCCCCACGCCUUCUGCCAACUCG